UGAUCAUCUCACAUAGUCUAGCAACAGUUACCAUAGAAAGAAGAGAAUCGAAGCUGAGGUAAACUAUGAAUAUAAUAUUUUGUUCCAGCCUUUUGGUAACCUUCAUAGCUAAUAUUGUGUGGACAAUGGAUGAUGAAUCUGAUCCGUACAACUGGUUGUUUUAUAGUUUUGAGUGUCCACAGGAAUGUUUCUGUCCUCCAAACAUCCCAAAUGCUUUAUACUGUGAUAGCAAGGCAAUUAAAGAAAUACCUGCCAUCCCACCAAGAAUCUGGUAUCUCUAUCUCCAAAACAAUCUUAUUGAAAAAAUUACAGAGAAGUCUUUUACGAAUGUCACCCAACUAAAAUGGAUAAAUCUGAACAAUAACAAAAUCACUACCGAUGGAAUUGAAAAGGAUGUGUUUAACAAUUUAAAAAGUUUACUCUACUUGUAUCUGGAAGACAACUAUUUAGAAGAAGUGCCUGGUCCCCUGCCAAGAAGCCUUGAACAAUUGCGUUUAGCAAGAAACAAAAUCAGUACAAUACCUCAAGGUGUCUUCAACAAUUUGGAAAACCUAACUAUGUUAGACUUACGUCAAAACAAACUGUUGGACAAUGCUCUUUCCAGCAACACCUUCCAAGGACUAAGCAGUCUCAUGCAACUCAACAUUGCUCAAAAUUCCCUUACAAAAAUGCCACCAAUCCUUCCUGCUAAUGUGAUCCAGCUAUUUUUGGACAGUAAUUCUAUUAAAGAAAUACCAGAAAAUUAUUUUGAAACAAUGCUCACAUUAGUUUCCCUACGGCUGAACAACAAUAAAUUAACUGAUGGAGGUUUACCAAGCAAAGUCUUUAAUAUUUCAUCCCUUCUUGAUCUUCAGCUAUCAUACAAUGAACUCACCAUAAUCCCAGCUAUUGGUAUCCAUCUUGAGCAUCUUCAUCUUGAUAACAACAGAAUCAAUAAUCUUAAUGGAACUCAAAUAUGCCCAAUUCCUAUCCCAGGAGAUUAUGUUUAUGAGAGAAAUUUACCACAGCUCCGUUAUCUCCGCUUGGAUGGCAAUGGAAUCAAACCUCCAAUUCCAUUGGACCUCAUGCUGUGCUUCCGACUCCUUCAGGCACUUGUUAUUUAAAGACUACUUUGUGUCACAAUGAUUUAAUAAACAUCUUUGCUGGCAUUUAACUUGUUACACUUUCCAUAUAUUUUGUAACAUAUUUUCUAUUUUUCCUGCAAUAUUGAAGUAUUUUCAAUUUCCCCCCUAGUAGCUCCUUUACUUUAAAUAUUAAGAGAUGGAUUCUAAGAGCUAGAAAAAUUAGUUUAAAAUAGCUUUUGUUGUUCUAUAUUUUAUGCAUCUUGGCCUGCAUAUUCAGGAAUUGUGUUUUCACCUAUGUUAAGCAAAAAUAGUAUCUGUAAUUUGGACAUGAUAUAAUCUUGAUAUAAUAUUACUGUAAAUGUUAGAUUGCUGUGUUUAAUUAUGGAACAAACAUCAGCAAUCUUCUUCCUUUAUUCACCAUUUGAGUUGCUCCAUUAUUUUACAAUUAAAAAGUAAGAACAUACGUUAAUCUAUUGGGUAGAAAAUGAAGAUAGAUAUGUAUUGGAACUAUACAUAUCUGAAGAAUGUCAUUCUAUCAUUUUUUAAUAA